AUGGGCUUGGGCCUGCAGGCCGGGAUCCUGAUCAAGUGCCUGCAGAUGCUGAACCGCACGCAGGACCUGCUCCCGAACACGUGCCCGCAGAUGCAGGCUCAUCGACGUGAUGGAUCAGAGAGCGAGGCACGCAAGCGCAAGCGCGAGGCGCCGGCACACACCUGCGAGGCAUGCGGCGGUGAAGGCAUCUAUACCUGCCCGCGAUGCAUGGUGCGAUCAUGCUCGGUGGCGUGCGUCAAGCGCCACAAGGCCGAGUCCGGGUGCUCGGGCAAGCGCGAUCGAACCAAGUUUGUCCCGCGAUCCGCCAUGAGCGACGCGCUGGUGGUCAACGACUAUUUACUGCUGGAGGACGCGCUGCGUUCGCUCGAUGCUGCGCAGCGGUCGCGCAACCAGAUGGUGGUGGCCGGCGAGCUCGGGACACGCGGCAUGCGCCCGACUGCAGGCCCGCGCAAGGGCCGCGCCGCCCUCAUGCGCGAAGCCAAGCGCCGCGGCAUUUCCCUGCACUUUAUGCCCGACGCCUCAUCACGCCGCAUCGCCAACCGCUCCCAUUACCGCAACAAGGACAAGCACAUCCACUGGUUCGUCGAGUGGCGGCACGACGGCCAAGUCGUCGACGCCUCGUUGGUCGAGGAGACCGCACUCGUCGGCGAUGUGGUCCGUCCGCUCCUCCAGCGCCACGGUGUGGCACAGGCGAGCCUGCCACGCGUCCGCGCAUGGCUCCGCAAGGCCCGUGUGCCAGCCAAUGCUCCCGAGGCGGACAAGCGCAUCGCCGUCCGCCUCGACGCCUCGCUUGCAGAAUGCCUUGCCGGCCAGGAGAUCAUCGAGUUUCCGGUCUUCGACCUUGAUCUUGCCCCUCCUCCUAUGACGUAAAUCUCGUGCACACGCUG